AUGUGGUUGCGAACGUUUACCGCAGCGCGUUUUCGCAACGCGAACGCACGAGCGACGGGCCUGCUUCACCACAGCCGGCUACGAGUCCGACAUCGGCUGCAUAUGUCUGGGGCUGGCCAACCGAUACCACUUGUGGCGGUGCUGGCGUUCGACCGCCCGGACGCUCGCGAGUUGCGUCGCGCGAACCGCACUGCACACUUGGAGUGGGCGACGCAGCAGCCGUGGAUACGGCUCGGUGGCCCUUUGAGUGACACUAGCGCCACGGAACGCGAAAAAGAAAAAGUCAUAGGCUCCUUCCUUGGUUUACAGACGGGAUUUGUGGAACAUCUCAAACAAGAUCCAUACACACAAGUUGGUCUCUUCGAACGAAGCGAGCGUUACGUGUGGCGCGUUUCCGUCGGCUCUCUUGCCAGUUUCCCACCAGACGCUGUGGAGCUCUCGCCACGUCAUCAGGACAGAUUUUAUCUUAUCUGGGGUGUUGAUAAGCCCGGUGCCCUCGAACGCCGGCUCGCUCAACGCGAAAAGCAUCUAGCUUGGCUCCGAGCCAGCGAAACGCGCUGUGUGAUUGCCGGUGCCGUUUUCGAGGAGGCACCUCCCAGUGGCGACGCGGCAAGUGCAAGUAAGCCACGAGGAACGAUUUUAAUUGUUCGGGGCUUUAACGAUGUGCAUGAGUUGCGUUCAUGGCUCGCAGGGGAUCCGUACCAAGAGAGCAACGUCUUCGAGCACAUCCAUAUUUUCGGGUUCCAGCCGAUUAUUUGUCGCGUUGAUUCAAAUUCGCCGUGA